UCGGUCGCACGCGCACGUCUCGCGUCGAUAACACAACCCGCUUUCCGUUAUGUCGGCGAUGAUGAGCUGGGAGCAGGACCACGAGCGGGGAGACAAGUUGGAGAUCAACGAAGCGGUUGCGAAGCUUCUACUGUCAUUCAAUUAUGACACCAUCGUGGCUCAGCCUACCAAGGGUGGUGGUUGCAUGCGGCGGAAGCAUGUGAAACGGCCGAUGAACGCAUUCAUGGUGUUCGCGCAGGCGAUGCGACGGCGUCUAUCCGAGCAGCGACCUUCGCUGCACAACGCUGAGCUCAGCAAAUCCUUGGGCUCCAUGUGGAAGAGUUUGAGCAAUAAUCAGAAGCUGCCCUUCAUUAAGGAAGCCGAGAGACUACGCACCCAACACAAACGCGAGUACCCCGACUACAAAUACCAACCUCGCCGCCGCAAGCCGCCACCAGCGACCACAACGAGACUGAAGCGAGAAAAGACCCCAGAGUUAGACUUCUCACGCAUCGAAGUGGACGGAGCACUAUUAGCAGAUGGGCCACCAGACGGCGCGGAGCUUGACCAGUAUCUGAAACCAGCACCACUGUUAGACUACCAUGAGAUGCAACCACGAUACGGCCACAGCUUACAACACCCCCCAGGAUUAUACUCCCCCCCUAUCCCAUUACACCCGCCAUGUGGGGAAUGGUCACAUUACCAGGGACAUCCCUAACGUGAAUAUUACUAGAACUUGAAGGGUAACCUGUAAUAGUUACGAAGGAAAAGUGUCAGUCAGUGAAGUUUUGGCAUGGUCUGUAUACACUGUAUAGGUACUUACAACAAAAAAUAUCGAUGACCAUUGAAUCAAAUCAAUAAAAAAAUACGUUUACCUCAAUAUUUUUUACCUCGUCUCGGCAGAAUCUAAGAUUUUCCGAACCGGAACGGUUUUGGACUUUUCAGAAGUGUGUGUAUAAAAGCCUCGUAGAUCGUAAAAUAGUGAUAAUAAAUUUCUUGGAUAGGAUGCCAAAUAAAAUGAAAAUAAUUUUAUAGUAGGUAUUCAACAGAAGCCUUACUUUGCAAAAGUUCACAAUUAAAUAAUUGAUUAUUUUGAAUAUUCUCCGCGAAAAACCGACGUAUCUUUACAACAUAGAUCCCACAGAUAAUCCUCUGCAUACAUUAAAAUCCAAACCGGAGCAUCCUCAAGGGAUGUUGACUUCGUAAUGUUUAAUUGCGAAGUAUAUUUUUAUGUAUGUACGGAGUGUAUAUAAACCUUGCCAAAGCUUCAUAUAAAUAUAUAACACAUAUAUUGUUAUCGCGAAUAAACUUUAAAAAUAGGUCAUAGUUGUUUCCGAAUAUCUAGUUGGUAGGUUUGUAAAUAUGGUGGUAUCGCCACAUGGGUCUUAAAUCCCGCACGUGCGUUUAAUCACGCAAAGCAAACAUUAGAAAAACAUGUUGAUAUCCAAGAUUGACAUAUCUUUCUCGAUACAAAUGUAACAUAAUACUGGGGCUGUACAAAAAAAUUACUAUCAAAAUGCCGCGUCAUUAGUUUACGCUAUUAUGUUAUGGUUUGCAACUUCUAGACAGGCUACACCUAUAGGUUUUUCCACAGUUGGAACAAGUGAUAUCUAAUUAUUUUUUUCAACUUAAAAAAAAGCGCCUAACUCUGGGAAGUUCAAGUUCAUGAAAAAACCCGGGGUGGAUCAAUGACAUCCCGUAAAAAAAUCUCAAUCGCUUUAUGGUAAGGUAAAAUCUAUUUGUAUUUUUAAUUAAAAUUGACAAUAUUGCUACUCGCUAAUUUUCAUACACAAAAAGCAAUUUUCAUGUAAAUAGGUAUUAAUAUAUUGGCGAUAUUUUAGCGGUUUUAAUUUUAUUUUGUAAUUUUAGGCUCGAUAUUGGUUUAUUAUUUUUGUAGUUUUUAGCUUUUUAAAUAGGUACUAUAAGUUCUAUUCUCUAAGUCUAUGAUGUAUUUUAUAGUUCAGUUCAUGAAAAAAUCAUGAAACACCUCAAAACCCAAAGUUAAUUGUAUUUUUCUAUAAAUAAUAUAAUUUCCAUAAUAUACUUAUAGGUUUUAAUUUCUAUAUCCUUUGUUCUUUUAAGUUAUUAUUGUGAUUAAUUAGUUAUGUAAUGUUAAUGUUAUUUUUAAAAAUAAUAAAAGUUUCGAAGGAAUUA